AGAAGGCUGUUCUCCUUGCUCAAGAGAUAAACACCAAGGAUCAGAAACAGCGACAGUUAGUGGAGAAAAUGGAAGCACAGAGACAGAGUAAUGAAGAGAGGAUGAGACAGAUGAAGAAGAAGAUGGAUGAGGAGAUGAAACGUCAGAGAGAGGAGGCUGAGCGUGGUAUGGACAGUAAACUGAGGGAGCAGGCUGCUCUUUUGGAGAAGGGCUUUAAGGAGAAGGCUGACAGGAUGACUAAAGAGAUAGAAGACUUUAAGAGGAAAAAUAAGGAAGCAGAAAAGGAAAGUGACAAGCUUUUUAAAAGGCUGAUAGAAAACAUGAACAAAAGACAUGAUGAAACUGUGAAUUUGAUGAUGAAGCAACACAGCGAGCAGAUGAAUACAAUCAUGAGCAUGCAGAGACCUUCAUCAGACUCUUCCGCUCUACUCUUAGGUCUGCUACUUGGUGGUCUCACUGGUGGCUCAGACUCAAGCACAUGCUCAUACUCAUGCUGUUCACGUCCCUGUUGUUAACCCUUGUGCACUCCUCAUUUGGGAGUCACACUCAUGGUCUUUACUCAUGGACACCUGAAAUGUAACUUUCUUUUU